AUGAAAGCUAAAGUCUCAAAAGACUUUAAAGCUCCUGACAUGACUCCCUACGAUGGUAUGUCCGACCCAAGUCAUCAUCUCAGCAACUUCAGAAGUUGGAUGUAUCUUACAGAUGCCUCAGAUGCAAUUCGUUGUAAAGCCUUCCUGACUACCUUGACCAAAACAGCAAUAAAGUGGUUCGACAGCUUGCCGCCAAGGUCAAUUACAAGCUUCGAUGACCUCGCCAAGAAGUUCCUGGCUAGGUUCUCCAUCCAGAAGGAUAAAACCAAGCACGUUCCAAGCCUGCUAGGGAUCAAACAAGGAGAUCGGAAGAGCCUCCGCAGUUAUAUGGAAAGAUUCAAUAAAGCAUGCUUUGACAUACAGAAUCUCCCAAUAGAAGCAGCAAUUAUGGGACUUAUCAAUGGUCUGCGAGAAGGACCCUUUAGCUACUCUAAAUCUAAAAAACACCCAACAUCUCUGAAUGAGGUACAAGAGUGGACAGAAAACUACAUCAAUAUGGAGGAGAACUCUCGAUUAGGAGAAACUUUAAAAUCAGGAUUUUCCUACCCACCUCGGGAUAAGGAUAAAGAGUCCAGGAAAAAAGAAGACCAACCUAAUGAGAAACCUAGAAAGUACUACAACUACACCCCUCUUUGGGUGUCCCUUGUAGAUGAUUACCGAGAGAUAUGCAACACUGAGAAGAUCCUACCGCCUCGCCCGAUUAAACACAAAAAAGGAGGAAGUCGGACAGAGUAUUGCGAAUACCACCGAAUCUACGGGCAUCUUACCAACGCCUGCUUCGACCUAAAAAAUGUUAUAGAAAAAUUGGCACGAGAAGGGCGACUAUAUCGGUUCUUGGCCAAUAAAGCGGAUGAAUCGAGAAAGAGAAGAAAGGAUGGAGAGGUACCACCACCCAUACCAGUGACCAAGGACCAAGUAGCACCUCCUGCUCCAAGGACCAAGCCCUGCUUUAAUACUUAA